AUGUUGGAGAUGAGGUCACACACAGGCGCCGGACAGGCAUUGAUUGGGAAGCGUACCGGCGAUGACUUGGCUCUCACUAAGGGCUCUCAUAUCUCGUACGGACAGUACGGCCGCCAACAGCUGUUGACCUCAACUCUGUUCGGCAUUUAUCGCCAACAGAUCCAAACGCAACAGAUCUAUGAGAAGAAGUUAGCCCUCAGACAGAGAUUCUAUACAUUAUUGUCGUCCCAAAUGAAGGAGAAGAUCGACUUGUAUUUGAUCGGCUCUUCGCUCACGGGUUUCGGCUGUAACUCGAGUGACACCGACUUCUGUCUCAUUAUUUACGACUCGGAGGACAACAUUGACAAGAGGUAUGACAAUAAGCAUACCGUCCUCUCGAAGCUGGAAGAGUUGAAGCAAAUACUGCAGUCGAAUAGCGUGUCGGACAACCCGCAGGUGAUCCCAGCGCUCGUACCCAUUCUCAAGUUCAUCGAGAGCUCGACGGGAAUUGAAGUAAACAUUAAUGUGAACCGAAUCGUCACCAUAAGGAACACACACCUCAUGCAUAUGUACUGUCAGAUGGACUCGCGAGUGGCACCACUCAUACUGACCCUCAAACUGUGGGCCCGCAAGAACGGCAUCAACUCUGCCUUCAAUAAGAGUCUCACGUCUUAUAGCAUUGCACUGAUGGCCAUCUAUUACCUGCAGAACGUAUGCAACCCUCCAGUGGUUCCGUGUCUGCAGAAGGAGUACCCGGAGCUGUUUGUCGAAGAGGUGACUCGUCUUCGUCUGGAGGACUACAAGAAAGUGAGGUUUCGCACGAAAAACUCUCAAAAGUUGGGUCAACUCUUCACAGAGUUUUUGGAGUACUUUUGUCUCAAUUUUGAUUUCGUGAAAGCCAUUAGCGUUCGUACCAGCGCUCUGAUAAGCCGCUCAGAACUGGUGCCCCAAUACGACCUGAACGGCAAAGUGUGGCAGUCCUGGUGCCACAUUUGCAUCGAAGAGCCCUUUGAUCGCACCAACACUUCCCACGCCGUCCACGAGUGUCGUAUGUUUCGCCAUAUUUACGACUCGCUGAAAGAGACUUAUCUCAGAAUAAAGACACAGAAUCUGAAUUUCGAUAGAUUUAUAUAA